AUUAUCAAGUUUCCUGGUUUCUCGGUCUUGAGAAGUCUCAAUAUUACUGCUGAUUAAGCCUUUUCUGCCUCUUCCAUAAAAUAAAAUGGCUGAACAGGGAUCUGGAGAUGAACAUGAGGUUGAUGAAGAAAACACUUUAUAUAAACCACCAGCAAAAAAAGAAUUAAAUGAAAUUAUCAAUGCUGAUGCAGAUGAUCCAAGUUUAAUUGAAUAUAAGAAGAAAUUACUGGGCUCUGGAUUAGAUGGCCCAGUUAUUGUUGAACCCAAUAAUCCUAAUUUUGUUAUUGUGAAGAAGUUAGGUUUACUUGUUGAAGGUAGAGAUGAGAUGAUUCUAGAUCUAACAGGGGAUAAAGAUACUAUAAAAAAGACGUCAUUUGUGUUAAAAGAGGGCUGUACGUAUAAAGUUAGAAUAUAUUUCUAUGUACAACGAGAGAUAGUCAGUGGAUUGAGGUACAAACAGAAAGCUUAUAGAGCAGGCAUAAAAGUUGAUCAGAAGAAUGUAAUGGUAGGAAGUUAUGGACCUAAGCCAGAUCUACAGUCAUAUACCACACCAGAAGAUGAAGCACCCUCUGGCAUGUUGGCUCGGGGAGAAUAUAAAAUAGAUAGUUUGUUUACUGAUGAUGAUAAAAAUGAAUACCUGUCUUGGGAAUGGAAAUUAAACAUUAAAAAAGAUUGGCAGUGAUGAUACCUCUAUACUACUCAACUCUUCUGAUAUUUUGUUAGACUUUAGUACAAGUUAUUUCAGACCACAAUGUGACUUUCUACUCUACAAAGACUGGUUUGAUUUAAACAGAUAUUUUUCUGAAGAAGGUAUUAGAACUAUUCACUGAAAUUACUCGCAAAUCAGAGUCUUUAUUUAAGUUUUAUAUGGAUACACAUGUAAGCUUAUGUAAUAUAUCUUUGUGUGAAAACAAAAUGUCUGUUAGAAUCAUACUUGUCUUUGUCUUAAGACUACAACAAUCAAUUAAAACCGAAACUAUCUACAAAAUAAUAGAUGUUUAUUCAAUGUCAUUGUAAUAGAAACAGAUAAACAGAAUGAUUAGGUCUUAGACCUGUGGCGUAAGCUUAUACUUCCCUUUAUAAAUAUAGAGUAAAGAAAAGUAACAGGAAAUUGCCAAUUUUUUUCAAAUGAAUCAUAUUAAAGAAUCAAUUUCUCUGGACUAAACUUUGUCAAAUUGUGAUUUAUGUUGAAAAAAAACAAUAAUGAUAUGAUUCCCGAUACUUUGAUUUUUUUGUUUAGCUUUUUUCAUUUGUAAAGCUUCAACAAAUGAAUGAUGUGAAUUUUUGCCAAAUAUUAUUCCAACUAUUAUUCUUAAUGACAUUGAAUAACUUUAAUUAUUUAUAUGAUCUAGAUGUACAUGAUUUAUAAUUUAGAAAUUUUGUCUAAUGUUACUUCUUAACGGUAAUGCUAAGUCGAAUUUUAUGAUUUUCUAGCAGUUUUGACUUGUUUUAAACUUUUCAUAUGUAGAUUUAUUGGGUAUAGUUAAUAAUGUAUGAUGGUUAUUGAUUUUUAAAUCACUUAUCCAAGACAAUAUAACAUACAUAAUGAUUUCCAUGAUCAUAAAUUUGGCAUUGUGAUCUAAAAUUCAUUCAUUUUAGAAAGCGAUAAGCAAGUCUCACCUAUUAUGUCAUUGAAAUAGACUUUGUGUUACCUUGUAGGAGUUAAGAAACAAUUGUGAUUUUUUAUUAUCAGCUACGCAAUAGUUUAAACACACGCUUUAUUGAUCUGAUUUUCGCUUAUUAUUAUCAAGGGGUAUCUGAGACAGUUUGAACUUUGAAAAUGGAUUAAAGUUGUAGAUGAAGAGUAUGGAUGUUCAAUAUUCAAUGAUAUUGAAUGUUUUUAUACCAAAUUUUUUAUAUUUUAUAUAGUCAAUAAAUCAAAGAGGAGAGGAACAAUUUAUUUUGAGUAACAUUAAUAUUAUUAUUAUAUUUUGUAUAUCAGUCAGUUUUGUUUAUUAUCCCUCCCUUUCUGUUGUCAAACCCUUUAAAAAAAAUUUCUGAUAAUUGAUAUUAAUAGAAAUAAUUUAACAUUAAAGAUACUGAUUGAAUAGGAUUGUGGUUCAAGGUUUAUUGGUUCUGAUAAUUCUUUGUACUUUUAUUGUAAAAAAGGUCAUGAUAUUGCCUAAAGUUCGGCCAGUUGUACAAUGUUCGUAUAUCACUUGCUGUUUUAAUAUUUUCUGGCUUUCUUCAGUGGGACAAGGUAUUAAAAAAAAUUGAAAAAAUUGAAAUUUUUAAUUAAAAUGAUGUUAUGAAAGCAUGGCUCAGUUUUCUGCCUUCAAUUUGUUAGUAUUCAUCUAAUUUGUGCCUUUAUCUAGUUUAUGCUAAAAGUAAUAAUUGUAUUAUAUAGUAAAGCUUAUUCUUUAUUUUCUUUGCUUUAUACGCGUAGGGGCAUGGUUUGGUUAGGCAUAUAUUUCUUUCUUAAAGCUAUUAGUGUAUCAUAUAAUAUUAGAUAUAAUUGAUUUUAUUGUGAAAAACAUGGAAUAAAAAUCAAAUUAGGGAUUAAUUUAGGUCAUUAGGACCAUUGUUAUAGUUAAAAUAAGACCCAAUAAUUUUUUUAUUUAGGUCUUGUUUUGUUAGUUAUGACAUUUAAUGCUCUCUUUAUUUCUCCUAGUUUUGCAUUGAUAGUGCUCUUUUUAAUACAUUUUCAUACCAACACAGAAUUUUUCAAACAAUACAACAUUAUAAAUGAACGAAUCUUAAUCAGUAAGAAGCUUGUGAAGUUUUUUUAGAUUUGUUUAGGAACUAAAGAUCAAACACUGAAUGAAUGCAUGAUGUGAAAAUAUUAAUUCCAAAGACAGUUAAUAAAAGACAGUUGAAAACUAAUCAUGACAUUCCACGUGACAGUGAGCCUUAUUUACUGCUAGUUCAGUAGUGCUAGUUAAACACAGCUCAGUUCUGCUGGUCUGUCAAAUCUUGCUAGAGACAUAAUUUAUUAGAUGUCAAACUGACACUCCCAGUUUUCACUAGCACAUGAAUUGUCUGAAUAGAAUAUUAGUUACUUUUUUUUAGACUACUUAAAUAUGUAACAGUUUCAUUGUGUUCAUGACCACCUUCUACAUUGGGAAUUCCUUUUUUGUCUUUCCAUUACUGUUCAGAUGUAAACCUAGCCUGUUGAAGUGCUUGUCUGCCAAAUUCUAUCAGCAAGGUGUUUAUUUGAAACCUUACCUACUUAUACUGAAAGGUUUAAGUGGUACAAAAGAAUAAAAUAUUGGGCAUAUUGCUUGUAACAAGCACAGGCAGAGAGCUAGGGAAACCAAAAUAUUAAUUUCAUGUCACAUUUUACAAGUUACACAAUAAAAUCUGUAUGCCUAUCACUGUGGUUUUUACCUCUUAAAUAUAUACACCUGUAUUUGCUUAUCACAUAACCAAUGCCUUAUAUAUGCAAAUAAAACCUGUUUUCUUAAU